UUAAUUCCAAUUCCAUUGACGUUAUCCAGCAAAUAGUAACAUUUCUUCAUUUCAUUCCAAUUCCAUUGACGUCAUCCAGCAAAUAACAUUGGUUUGCUUCUCUUCCAACUCGCAUUCCUAGCUCGUAACGCAUAUUUACGGGUUAAUUUUCUCAACAUUUUGUUAUAUUGCGUAGUAUAUUUUAUCAGGGGAUCGGAAUCGAGCGGAGUAGGGUUUCGGUUGAGAUUUUGUUGACAUAUCUAGCUUAUUUCUGAUUGAAUCAGAAUUGGCGAAUAUGAUGUCCUUUGAGAUGAACGAUCGUAAAAAAAUUGGACUUGGUUUGACGGGGUUCGGAGUGUUCUUUUCGUUUCUUGGGAUCAUUUUCUUCUUUGAUAAAGGUCUACUUGCAAUGGGAAAUAUCCUUUUCUUCUCAGGCGUGACAUUAACCAUAGGGCUCAAGUCUUCUGCCCAGUUCUUCAUGAAGCGUUCGAAUUUCAAGGGAACAAUUUCUUUUGGUGUUGGCUUCUUCUUGGUUAUCAUUGGAUGGCCUAUCUUAGGCAUGAUAGUUGAGGCUUAUGGAUUUAUUGUGCUCUUCAGUGGCUUCUGGCCGACACUGGCUGUAUUUCUGCAGAAGAUGCCUAUUAUCGGAUGGUUGUUCCAGCAACCUAUUGUGAGAUCGAUUUUUGAUCGUUACCGUGGAAAGCGAGUACCUGUCUGAAUCUCUAUUUCACAAGAAAUGUCACUUACCUACGGGCUGCCUUGUAAGUCCUGUAAAAAUGUUUUCUGUCAAGCAUGUCAGGAUAGAACCGAUACCGUGUGGUACAUGUCAAUAGAUGACAUGGGUUUGAUUUUGUGUAUGGUUCUUGUUACCUCACUGGGAAAUGAAAGUCCAUUCUUUUGAGGUAGAUGCAGCUUCAAUCAUUUUGUGUACCAAUUUCAUUGAUUUUUUUUUACUCUAGUCCUCUCUUAUCUGAUCUGAGACAUGGUUAUAAGAAAAAAACCAAGUUUGUAGAGAACUGUUUUUCCAUGGAUUGAUUCAGUUCACAUUUUUUAUAAUAUUGCAUUAUUGUCGCCAAAAA